AUGCCUGAGGAAGCUGCCACCGCCGUUGAAUUACUUGAGAAUUUAGGAAAUACAAUUCAAACGAUCGCAGAUAAUCUCAAAGCCAACAGACUCGACAGAAAGUCUCUACAAACAUUGCUUUGCGACUACGCUGCCCGCGCUUCAUCCGAUGGCCGACUAAUGAAUGCCUCGAGACAAGAUCCUCAAUGUGUCAACCGAGGUCUAUUUCUCGCCUACACACAUAUGGAGUUGGUGUCUUGGCUUGCAAAAAAUAACUACACUGUUCUAGCGACGUCCAUCAAGUGGUAUAGCUGGAAGAAGAUAUUCGCAAAAUACCGAGUGCCGCUACUUUCAGUCUCGUCGCAAACGUCAGAUUUGCAGAGCCUGUUGAAAAAUAUCCAGAGGACAGCAGACUUGGUCCAUGCGGAUCUUGAAGCUAACAAUGUAAGUUCGCAUGUCCCUGAUAGUUGUGCCUAUGGCCCAACUUUAAAACAGAUUCCGAUUCCACCCGAGUCUAUCAAAUACCCUAAAGUUCCAGUGGGUGAGCCUGUCGGACCUCCCCCAGAAGGUACGUAUAGAGUCUUUCGAUGA